CGUGAGGGCCACUGUACCGUAACGAGCGCACCACCUGUCGCACUCACCAAGAAGCAUGCUCGUCGCCAAGCUCCUGGUAGCGGCGGCCCUCGUCGGCGUCGAGGCAGCGGUCUGCCCGUACAAGGACUACCCGUCGGGCUGGCUGCUCGUCGCCGAUGGCAACUGCUCGGCCUCCAUCACGCUCUGUGCGACCAACAACAAGUGCGACCGCAAGGUGGCCAUCGACUACGGAACCAACACGACGUUCUCGGGCUGGACCGGCGUCGGCAACUUGGCCGACUACGCGGCCGACGAACUGACGUUCAAGGACUCGGCGUCGCUCACGAUUGCGCGCAUGAGCUUGCCCAACAAGGUCAACUACCUGUCCUUUGACAAUGUGACCAAGAUCGACCUCGACAACACGGCGCUGACGCAGUGGAGCUCGGUCAAGACCUUGGAAAUUCUCAACAGUCCCGUCAACUUUCCCAACAUUGGCGUCGUAUGGCCGACCAACCUCGACCUCGUUGUGCUCAUGAACAACAAGAUGAACAAUAUUCCGCAGUUUCUUCCGACGACGCUCACGCAACUGGCGAUUCAGAGCAAUUACCUCACGGAUCUUGUGUAUUUGCCCAAGAAUCUCGUUUUUUUGAACAUUGCCGACAACAACUUCAAGACGCUAACCAACGUCGACUUGCGCGCACUGGAAUACCUGUACAUUCCCAACAAUGACCAUCUGACAACAUUUGCCAACGUGCAGCUGUCGUCCAAGCUCGCCUUUGUCCACAUGAUCAACUGCUCGAGCCUCACCAACAUCACGCUCGAUGCGACCUCGUACGCCGCCCUCAACAAGCUCCAGCCGUGGAAUGGUGACACCGAGACCGACACGCCGACAGGCUACGCCAUCAACUACGCGGUGGCGACCGACGCUGCCGCGUGCACGGCGGUUGGCGGGUCCAUCAAGAAGCUGUGGGAAACCUCGUCCAAGGUCUCUGUCACUGCGUGCGUCACUGGCGCGUCGGGGAAUGCAACGACGACGGAGCCGUCGACGUCGGGUGGCAGCAACACGGGGCUUAUUGUCGGCAUCGCUGUCGGCGUCGUCGUCGUCAUCGCCGUGAUCGCCUUCUUUGUCCUUCGCCGCAAGCGCAAGAAUGAGCCAGCGCCGGCCUCCAACGGCUUUCAGUGCCAAGCGCCCGACUACGGGUACGGCAAAGACACGACUGGCACGGGCGGCCAUACCAACGGCACCGGUGGCUACACCAACGGCACCGGCGGCCUCACGAUCGGCACCAACGGCACCGGCGGGCCGUCCAACGGCACCAGUGGCACGCGUGGGUCCCUUGCUUACCCCGACGCCGACAUCAUUCUCGACGUCAAGCCUCUGCUGCACCACCGUCUCGAGCUCUCAGAUCUCUAUGUGACGUCCAACAAACCGCUCGCCUCUGGCGCCUUUGGCGAAGUUUGGCUCGGCUCGUACGGCGGCAAGCAGGUCGCGAUCAAGCGCAUGAAGAACCAAGAGGCGCGUAUGGUCCAAAAGUUCAUUGACGAGAUCGUCCUCAUGUCGCAGAUGAGCAGCGACUAUAUUGUCAAGUUUGUCGGCGCCAGCUGGACCCGUCCGAUCGAGAUCGAGUGCGUCGUCGAGUUUAUGGACCUUGGCGACUUGAGAUCCUUCCUCGUCAACCAGUCGCCGGCGCAGUUUAGCUGGGACCAAAAGUACAACUGCAUCCUGGCCAUUAUCCGGGGUCUGGUCUACCUCCACACGUACAAGCCGCCGAUCAUCCACCGCGAUCUCAAGUCUCGCAACGUCCUCCUCGACUCGGUCAAGGGCACCAAGCUCACCGACUUUGGUGCUUCGCGCGUCGCCGAAGAAGACGAUCUCAUGACCAACGGCAUUGGCACGUACCAGUGGAUGGCGCCGGAAGUCAUCUCGGGCACCAACUAUGGCGCGCCGGCCGACGUGUACUCGUUCGGUAUCAUCUUGUCGGAAUUUGCGACGCACCAAGUGCCGUACGCCGACCUGCGGCACCCGGACUCUGGCAAGCCGCUGCCGCAGCACUACGUCUUGAACAACGUCCGCGAAGGCAAGCUGCACCCGACGUUCGACGGCGAAGGCGUGCCGGCGUGGGUCAAGGACAUUGGUCUGCAGUGUCUCUCGCUGUACGAAGAGGACCGUCCGACGGCGCUGCAGUUGUCGUCGAUGCUGAGCCGCUGCAAGCCGUAAGCAACGAACGGUAAGCAGUGCUUCUUACGAGAAUUUUGCGCCUUUUGAACCAUGCAAUGAAUGGAUUUGUG